AUGAGUUCAGUUCGUGUGUUGAUGCAACAUGCAGUACAAAAUAAUAUGCUCGUGCAUCAGAUGGAUGUCAAAACGGCAUAUUUAAAUGCGCCUAUUGAUUGCGAUAUUUUUGUUCAACAACCAAAAGGUUAUGAAAAGGAAGGAGAAAAUGGUGAAAAGCUUGUCUGUAAGCUAAAGAAAUCUUUGUAUGGACUAAAGCAGAGUGGGAGGAAUUGGAAUGUGUUGCUGCACAAUUACUUAAUAAAGGAAGGGUUUACGCGAUCUCUUGCUGAUCCAUGCGUGUAUGUUUGCUUUGUUGGAGAUGAUGCAAAUACUUGCAUCAUUAUUGUCAUUUGGGUUGAUGACUUGAUUAUUUCAGCCAGUAGUUCUGCCCUGUUGUUAAGUGUAACGGAUCGUUUGAGUAGUCGGUUUAAAAUGAAAGAUCUUGGUGUAUUGCAUUGGUUCUUAGAUACUCAGGUCAAAUGCUCUGAUGAUGUAAUCGAGAUGAAUCAGACUCGUUAUAUUCAGAAGUUGUUAUCUAGAUUUAGAAUGACAAACUGUAAACCUAAGGCAACACCAUCUGUCCUCGGAUUAGAUAAGGUCACGGAGGAAAUAUCACCAGAAUUAGAAGAUCCCAAUUUGUAUAGGCAAAUUGUUGGAAGUUUGAUAUAUGUCAUGACUGGUACUAGACCAGAUCUGUGUUACAUCGUUACUAAAUUAUCUCAGCAUAUGUCCAAACCCAAGGUAGCUGACUUGAAUGUAGCUAAACAUGUGCUUAGAUAUUUAAAGGGGACAUCAGAGCAAGGUCUAAAGUUUAGAAAAUCUGAAAACCCUCUGUCUCUAAUUGGUUUUAGUGAUUUUGACUGGGGAGCUAGUAUUAGUGAUAGGAGGAGUAUAUCUGGUUACAGUUUCCAGUUGUCCGAGGGUGGACCAUUGGUAUCAUGGAAGAGUAGGAAACAACAAACUGUAGCUUUGUCUACUUGUGAGGCAGAGUAUAUAGCUCUCGCCGAAAUUGUGCGGGAAGGGAAAUUCUUGAGGCAAUUAUGCCUCGACCUAAAGGUACUUCAGGUAAGUAAUAGUGUACUUGUAAAUGUGGAUAACCAAGGCGCGAUACAACUAGCGAAGAACCCUAUGUUCCAUAAGAGAUCGAAGCAUAUAGAUAUCAAGUACCAUUUUAUUAGGAGCGAACUGGAGCUAGGUACGAUAAACGUCGAGUAUGUUGCAAGUGAGGAUAAUUUGUAA